UUCACACACUUGGUUUUUAUAUAAUAACCAUUUCCAUCCCCAUCUCCAGGAGCCCGACUCCCCAUAACAGCGAGGUCAAAAUAUAUCGCCCUCUCUUCCCCUCCUCCUAACCAAACCUAGCUCAUUAGGAGAAGACAACAGAAAUGUCUGAUCAAAGUAAUAUAAUACAACGAAACAAUAAUAAUGAAGGCGACCAACACGAUAAGCCUCUCAAUGGAAAAAAACUUUCGUGGCAAAAACUGCGCCGAGCUGACUCUUUGGAAAUCGAAUCCCGUUCAUUUAACGGCCAUGGAAUCCACGGCUCUAAGGCGGUGAGUUGGUCGGUGAUCUUGCACUUGGCAUUCCAAAGUAUUGGAAUAGUGUACGGAGAUAUCGGUACAUCACCGUUGUACGUGUACUCCAGCACGUUCACGGAUGGUAUUCGCCACAACGAUGAUAUAUUAGGUGUUCUUUCUUUGAUUAUCUACACCAUCACUCUCAUUCCUCUCGUCAAGUACGUCUUGAUCGUCUUGCGUGCCAACGAUAAUGGCGACGGAGGAACAUUUGCUUUGUAUUCACUAAUAUGUCGAUAUGCUAAAGUGGGUUUAAUCCCAAGUCAAGAAGCUGAGGACCGCGAUGUCUCCAAUUUCCGGCUAGAGUUGCCAAGCAGGCGUCUACGGAGAGCAACGAAAGUGAAAACUAAGCUGGAGAAUAGCAAAUUCGCCAAGUUCUUUUUGCUCUUUGCCACCAUGCUUGGCACUUCCAUGGUCAUCGGUGAUGGUGUUCUUACUCCUUGCAUUUCAGUCUUGUCGGCCGUUGGAGGAGUCAAGCAAGCCACAACAAAAAUGACCGACAACAUGAUUGUUUGGAUAUCAGUGGUGAUUUUGAUCGGCCUGUUCAUGGUUCAAAGGUUUGGAACUGAUAAAGUUGGCUACACUUUUGCUCCAAUUAUUUGUGUUUGGUUUGCAAUGAUCGGUGGGAUUGGGGUUUACAAUUUCAUCAAAUAUGAUCCAACGGUUCUCAAAUCUUUAAACCCAAAAUAUAUAGUAGAUUAUUUCAGGAGAAACAAAGAUAAAGCAUGGAUUUCCUUAGGAGGCGUUGUCCUUGCCAUUACAGGAACUGAAGCAUUAUUUGCAGAUGUUGGUCAUUUCACCGUUCAAUCUAUACAAAUAAGCAUGUGCACUGUAACCUACCCUGCUCUAUUAUGCGCAUACACUGGACAGGCUGCCUUUCUUAGAAAGAACAACAAUCUUGUCUCAGAGACAUUUUAUGAGUCCAUACCAGACCCUUUGUACUGGCCAAUGUUUGUGGUGGCUGUGUUGGCUUCAAUUAUUGCAAGUCAAGCUAUGAUUUCUGGGACAUUUUCCAUUAUCCAGCAAUCCCUCUCUCUCGGAUGCUUCCCUCGUGUGAAAAUCGUGCACACAUCGACUAAAUACGAAGGACAAGUGUACAUUCCUGAAGUCAAUUACCUUCUUAUGCUUGCUUGUAUAGGAGUUACUCUUGGUUUUAGGAGUACUGCACGUAUUGGCAAUGCAUAUGGAAUUGCGGUGGUGUUUGUGAUGACUCUCACAUCGUCCUUUCUAGUAUUAAUCAUGCUAAUGAUAUGGAAAACCAACAUUGUUUAUAUAAUUGCUUAUGUUCUAACCAUUGUGGUUGUGGAGCUCGUAUACUUAAGUUCAGUUCUCUACAAAUUCGAUCAAGGAGGAUAUUUACCAUUAGCAUUUGCUGCAGUUCUGAUGACUAUAAUGUAUGUUUGGAAUGAUGUGUACAGAAGAAAAUACUAUUAUGAGCUAGAGAACAAGAUUUCGCCAGAUAAGCUGAAGGAGAUAAUUGCCAACGAAACCAAUUUUAAUAGACUUCCUGGACUUGCCAUGUUCUACUCCGAGCUUGUUCAUGGUAUUCCACCAAUAUUCAACCAUUACGUAGCGAAUGUGCCUGCACUUCACUCAGUACUUAUCUUCGUCUCCAUCAAAUCACUUCCAAUCGGAAAAGUUGCAGUGGAAGAGCGGUUUCUUUUCCGUAGAGUAGAGCCAAAGGAGCUCAACGUGUUUCGCUGCGUAGCAAGAUACGGUUAUACGGAUGUCCGUAAUGAGCAAGAACCUUUUGAGAGAGUGUUGGUUGAAAAAUUGAAAGAGUUUAUCAGAGAGGAUUAUUGGUUGAGUCAGGCAAUUCCUAAUAAUAAUGGCGAGACUGUGAAGGUUGAUGAAGAAUUGGAAGAUGAGAAUCAAGAAAUUGAUGAAAAUAGAAGCACAAUGCAUGUAAAUCACGAGGAAAAUGUGGAUAAAAGGAUUGAAAUUAUAGACAAAGCGUGGUCUGGUGGCGUUGUUCACUUGAUCGGAGAGAAUGAGGUUGUUGCAGGCAGAGGAGCAAAUAUAGGUAAGAAGAUUUUGAUAGACUAUGCUUAUAAUUUCUUGAAGAGAAAUUUGAGACAGAGCGAAAAGGUGUUUGACAUUCCUCAGAAGCGGAUGCUAAAAGUGGGCAUGACUUAUGAGCUUUAGAAUAAUGUGUGUAUGUGUAUAUAUUGAGGUAAUAUGGAAGGUUUGAUCAACUUUGUUACAGCCUCAGAAAGUAAAAUACAGUGACUACAACUAAACUGUCUGAUAACUGUAGUAACAGAAAGAAGAUUACUUUUGAAGAGAUAUGAAGCAGAUCAUCCAAUUCAAUGGAUGAAACAAUAUUUCAGUUUGUAAUAA